AUGGUUUUUACGAGAAAAAAGAAAACCCUAGUGGUGUCGAGAAAGCUCCCGUCAGAUGUGGAAGAAGAGAUACUCGUUCGUGUUCCACCUCUAUCUCUCCUUUGCUUCAAAUCCGUUUGCAAAGAAUGGAACACUCUUUUUAACAACAAGAGAUUCAUCAACAAAAACUUUGUUUGCGCUCGCCCAGAGUUCAUGUUACAAACACAUUCCCACAUUUAUUCGAUAAGCGCAGAUCUCAACGACGAUCCAACUAUAAAAAAGAUUGGUUUAUGCUUGGAUUUGCGCCGUGGCCGUUAUCGUGUCAGUGGGAUCUGCGAUGGUUACUUCUUCUUGAACGGCCAUCAUGAAAGAGGCCUGGUUUGGAAUCCGUUGUUGAGUCAUCCUAAAAGGAUUGCUAAGGAUAAUGUUAUAUGUGGCAGAAAUAUUGGUUACGAUGGUAGUGGACCCGAAAAGAGUUACAAGAUUAUUGGACGUUGCAGUACUGAUUCGAUUGAUAGAGUUGCAGUCUUUGAACUAGCAACCAAUAAGUGGAAGGUUACUCAUCGUACUAGUUCUAGCAAAAAGUUAUCACCCGACUUGUGUAGGGUCUCCUUGAAUGGAAAUUUGUACUGGACAGGUUAUAAGUAUCCCCAAACUGGCAAGUAUUUCAUCGAAAUGUUGGAUUUUUCGAAAGAGAUAAUGAAGAUCUUUUGUAUUCUACCGUGUGAGGGAAAAAGUGCUGGUUCCCAUAUUCGUGCCCUAUCGAUUUACAAGGGAGAUCGGUUUUCAGUGUUACAACAAUCCAGAAGAACAGGAGAGACUAAGAUUUGGGUGACGGAGAAGAAAAUUGGUAAUGGGGAUGAUGGAGGCGAUGUGGUGUGGAUUAAGUUCAUGACUGUCUCAAGACCUGACUUUCCCAUGUUAGUUAGGCACAUCUCUACAAGUUACUUCGUUGAUAAUAACAUCUAUGGAAAAAUCUUGGUUUUGUGUUGUCGUAGCAAGAAACCUAUAAAAGCUUGGGUCUAUAUUGUGAGGGGAGAUCUAUGCAAAAAGAUUAAGAUAGAUGAAGUGGUAUGUGACUUUCAAUCGUCUGUCUAUAUUCCCAGUUUGAUCAACAUUUCUUGA